UGCCGCACACGCGAUGAAAUUGGCAUAAAAAUAUGUAAAAAUCUAAAACUUUUCCUAGUGAGUACUGUUCCUGCAAACAGCGGCACAAUGAACACGCUUCGGUUCGCUGGGCUCCUUAUCGGGUUUAUAGCAUAUGACUUGCAGGCUUCCCGAGCACAGGACACAUACACCUACGCAAUUGGUGGUGGUGCCCUCCCUGCGGAUGGAAUAGGAGAGCAACUCACAGGCCCAAGUCAAGAACGCGCUUUAGGAGAUGAAAACUCGCUUUUGAGCGAAAGAGACAUCGGUGGUGCGUACGACGCAGUGAACUACUUGGAUGGCGAAGAGGGUGAGGACGGCCUUUCGCAACGUAGCUCUGUUGUGUUCGAUAGACGCCGCCCAGAAUCGGAAGACAAGAGUGGGCCAUGGCGAGAAAAACAAGGCGGGGAAUCGCAAGGUGUCCAGACGUUCUUGGGCGGCCUCUUUAAAAAUGCGGGAGAACGUGGGCCGGAGGUGGCGUUGCACCUUGCUUCAACAAGUGCACGGAGGCGUUCUGGCACUCGAUUGGGCGAAGACGAUUAUGUUUUGCUGAGUGGUGUGGAACCGCGUAGAGGUGAAAGUGAAGAUGUACCAGAUGCAUACUUAAGACAGUUCUUAUGGGGGGGCAGCCGUCAGCCCGCAUUCGAUGAAUUCAGUGGGCCGGAGGUGGCGUCGCACCUUGCUUCAACAAGUGCACGGAGGCGUUCUGGCACUGGAUUUGGUGAAGACGAUUAUGUUUUGCUGAGUGGUGUGGAACCGCGUAGACUUGAAAGUGAAGAUGUACCAGAUGCAUACUUAAGACAGUUCUUAUGGGGGGGCAGCCGUCAGCCCGCAUUCGAUGAAUUCAGUGGGCCGGAGGUGGCGUCGCACCUUGCUUCAACAAGUGCACGGAGGCGUUCUGGCACUGGAUUUGGCGAAGAUUAUGUUUUGCUGAUUGGUGUGGAACCGCGCAGACGUGAAAGUGAAGAUGUACCAGACACAUACUUAAGCCAGUUCUUAUGGGGGGGCAGCCGUCAGCCCGCAUUCUAUGAAUUCAGUGCCACUGGAGCAGAAGGUAAACGUGGCCUAGCAAGAAUCAAUCUACGUUCAUUCAUCAGGAACACUGGGGACACCGAUCAAAUUGAGGGUUUUCUCCAAGUUCCUAGGCUUCGUGGACGUCAGCGUUAUUCAACUGCAGACUAUUUAGGAGGUUUAACUGGUAGACCUUCCAUGGGGGGUGUACAAGACGAUGGAAGCAUUGAGAUCAUAAGUGAUGGUAGCCGUGAAAGCAGUCUGCUUGACCUUUUGGAAACAUCGGGUGAACCAGAGAAAAUUAACCAACGAAGCAGAAGUUUAGAAUCUAUAAGAGGGACUUCGAGUGACAUGACUGGUUCAGGAGGCUCCCUUGCCAGAUUUUUGUCGUGGCUUUUCAGAAGACAACGACGGUUUCAUCGCCCUAGGCCUUACCGCCGCGGCAUUUUAUAUCCCAAUGAACGGUUCCCAUUUGGAUUUAGCCAAGAACGAGGGUUAACCGGAGGCGGAGGCAGAAGCCCCUACUGGAAAUAUGCACCACAGUUAUUAGGCGUGGUAAGUGUUCCUGAUGAUGUGGGAAAUCGCCAAGAAGGCAGCAUCGGAGGAAUGUACGAUGAUGGAUUGGCAUUACCAGUAAUUGUAUUUGAUAAGUCGAGUAGCGCAUUUGACAAAUUUGACAGAAGUUCGAGAGGUACACCUGAAGGAGGCUUCAGCGCACAUGGUAAUGACUAUGAUAGUAGCAGCGCCUGGGACGCAAAUAGGUUUAGAGGAACGCAGUAUCGCGCCUAUAUUUAGCUAUUUUGCUACGCGGAAUAGACAGUAACGGUGAAUGUUACAUAACGCAAUGAUACGUCUGGUGCCCUGCAGAGCAGUUGACUUAACAUGAUGUCAGGCUUUAUUUUGUCUCCAUGGGAGAAAGAGGCAGUCGAGGAAAGCUGGCUUGAAGAAGCCCAGUCUUCUUAGAUAGAAUUCAAGGGCUUUGAUUGAAUACAUGGAAUUACUACGUAUUGAGUUUACAAUGGGUAGAUAAUUUUGACAGGAAUAUGCGAGGAUUACGCAUGGUUUCUCAUCAUUUCUUCUUUCCGGCAGCAUUAACGUAAGCAGUUUCUUGCUUUCAACUCAGUCACUGACAUUUGUUAAAGUGACGCCCGUCAUACAGGCCACAAAGAAAAACUUUGCGUAAUGAUUUUCGUCGUUGGGCCUGCAGGCUCUCAGAAAUUGACGCUGACAAAGGAAGCAACAUAUAUGCGGGCCCGUACAACGUGGAUUCGACAUUGUUUAUAGAAUUGCUAGUGAAUACACAGACGCUACAUGUAGGCCUUCGAUUGAUUCCGACUGUGUUUAUUUCUGUCAUUUAGUUGAGAAUAAAUGCUGUCUUAUUCAAA